AUGGAAGUGGCCAACCAAUCCACUGGCACAGAGUUUGUUUUGUUGGGGCUGUCAGAUCAGCCAAGGCUGGAGAAGACAUUCUUUGUGCUCAUUCUGCUAAUGUACUUGGUGAUCUUGUUGGGCAAUGGGGUCCUCAUCCUGGUGACUGCCCGCACCUCCUGCCUGCACACGCCCAUGUACUUCUUCCUGGGGAACCUCUCCUUCCUGGACAUCUGCUAUACAAGCUCCUCAGUUCCCCUAAUCCUGGACGGCUUCCUCACUCCCAGGAAAACCAUCUCCUUCUCAGCCUGUGCUGUGCAGAUGUUCCUCUCCUUUGCCAUGGGAGCCACAGAAUGCGUGCUCCUGGGCAUGAUGGCGUUUGAUCGCUAUGUGGCUAUCUGCAACCCACUUAGGUACCCCGUGGUCAUGAACAAGUCUGCUUAUGUGCCCAUGGCUGCUGGCUCUUGGGUGGCUGGUGGAACCAACUCUUUGGUACAGAUCUCACUUGCGGUACAGUUACCCUUCUGUGGGGACAACGUCAUUAAUCAUUUUACUUGUGAGAUCCUGGCAGUUCUGAAGUUGGCCUGUGCUGACAUCUCCAUCAAUGUGAUCAGCAUGGGGGUGGCCAAUGUGAUCUUCCUGGGCCUCCCAGUUCUGUUCAUCUUUAUCUCCUACAUCUUCAUACUCACCACCAUCUUAAAGAUCCCCUCAGCUGAGGGGAGGAAAAAGGCCUUCUCCACCUGCUCUGCUCAUCUUACUGUGGUGGUCAUUUUUUAUGGCACUAUUCUUUUCAUGUAUGCAAAGCCCAAAUCCAAGGACCCCCUGGGGGCAGACAAGCAGGACAUUUCAGACAAGCUCAUCUCCCUUUUCUAUGGAGUGUUGACUCCCAUGCUGAACCCCAUCAUCUACAGCCUGAGGAACAAGGACGUGAAGGCUGCUGUGAGGAAUCUGGUAUUUCAGAGAUGCUUCACUCCUUGA